AUGCUACCUUUCUUCAACAUAGUCCCCGGUAGUCCCAGCACAGGGCCAAUAGGCUGGCACCUCCAUGCAACAGAAUGCGGCGAGACGCGUACUUCAUUUGCAAGCUACGUGCAACUCGACUUCGUCGCUGGCACCACGACAAAAUCCGCCAAGACGGGUUUCCCAGACUUCAGCCGGCUACCGGCCGAGCUGCAAGUCCACGUACUGAGUUUCUGCAGCAGCGCCACGCUCUUCCGGCUCAUGCACACUUGCAGCGCGCUGCGGCACGCCGCCAGCAAGCUCUUCUGGGCUCGCCCGGAUACCUGGUAUUCCCUCGACGGUACCUGGCUGCUUGCAGGCGGGUUUCCCGGAGAAACGCACUGUGUGACUGAGUUUCUGCGGCGGGUGCGUCAGCUCGAAAUCAGGUUUGAACAUGUACGCGAGGUGAUGCCCCCGGCUACGGACGAGCAGGACGAGCAGAUAUACGGCUUUUGGCGCGCACUACAGCGUCUGGCUCCUCGGCUCGAGCGUGUCGUCGUCAGCCAUGAUGCGCCGCGCAUAACAAGGACUAUCUCGCUCGAGCUUCUGAAACGAGUGCUGCAGAAGCGGCCGCGCGGUAUCGACGCCUUUGCAUCCGUCAUCACAGCCGGCGAUGCCAGUACACACCGCGGGAUAAGGUAUCGCGGCCGCUUUGGCGCCGCCGGCUGGGAACUAACGGACCCGGAGUGGGUGCGCCAGAGUGUGCUUCUCCCGCCGAAAGCGUGGCGUGGGCCCAUGGGCGAGUAUGCUCAAGCCCAGUACCAGAUUGACCGGUGUCUGAGGAUGCGGCGUGCGCGGCAUGCACUGCGCAUUCAAGCGGCUGAGCGAAGCUAUCUCAGCGAGGAAGAGUGGUUCAAGUGUCCCGGGCGUGAGUGCCAUGACUACUUUUUCGAGGGUAGAGCAUGGGCGGUGCAUGCGGUGGAGACACAGGACUUUAUGUACGCAGACGUGCCGGUCGAGUAUAAAGACGAGUUUGAUAGGUACGAGGAUAUGAUUGAGCGUGUUGAUAGGAGGGCGUGGGACACUGUGUUGAGGAUACGGAAGCGGUACAGAGGAGCAAGCAUUCAGGAGAGGAAAGAAAUUGAGCAGGAGACCCUGGAUCAAUUGUUGUGUGAUCCGGACUAUGCUUCAAGCAAGCCAGCGAAGGAGAGUGGGAUUUGGAUGCUAUAUCAAGAUUGUGUCAAGGAAGAAAGGUAG